AUGAUACUACUUACUAACUACAAAGUUGCAAUAGAUUUAGUGAUUGUGACGGAAGUUUCACUAGCCACAACUGACAGUUCUGCUAAUGGCCAGGAUGGCUGGAAAAAAAGCCCCAGAUCUGAUCAGUUUUCUUUUCCUUUAAAAUAUUUAUCAGAUGAAGGUAGCUUGUCAGGGGACAAGAGUGACCUGAAGGCUUCUGGGUCCCAGAUCAAGAGAAAGAAACGUCGGCACAGGACAGUAUUUACUGCCCACCAACUGGAGGAACUGGAAAAGGCUUUCAAUGAAGCUCAUUAUCCUGAUGUGUAUGCCAGGGAAAUGUUAGCAAUGAAAACUGAGCUCCCUGAGGACAGGAUACAGGUCUGGUUUCAAAACCGAAGAGCCAAGUGGCGGAAGCGUGAGAAGUGCUGGGGCCGCAGCAGUGUCAUGGCAGAAUAUGGCCUUUAUGGUGCUAUGGUGAGACAUUCCAUCCCACUACCUGAAUCCAUCAUCAAUUCUGCCAAAAGCGGGUUAGUGGGCUCCUGUGCCCCUUGGCUACUUGGAAUGCAUAAGAAAUCAAUGGAUGUUUCAAGAAAGCCUGAAAGUGAGGAAAAAGGGAAUGGUGGCUGGAAGUCUGAACACUCUGAUGAGGAAUUAAAAAAUAAGGAGAAACAGGAGAGAAGCUCCAGUGACAAAUUCCGCUCAAUGGACAAUUCUGAAGAUAUUGCAAUUGACCUCUCAAGUACAGCAAGACAUGAGAAAAAGAGCAGCACUUUGAGACAGUGUCUCAGUGGAGGGCCACAGCCAAAAAUGAAGGAUAGUGAGCACUAA